GCCGGCCCCCCCCCACCUCCACAACCACCACGGGGUUCGACGUUAAAUGAGCAGCGAGGAGGCGGGCGGACCGAGACGCGAGCUCGGAAGGGAGAAAGCGAGAAGACGAAAACGAACGAACGAACAAAAACGCCAGUGGGACCAGUCGUGAACGCGUCGUGUAAUUAUUAUUAUUGUUGUCCUCGUCGUCAUCGUCGUCGUUAGGCUAAGAAGGAACAAAAUUUAAAAAAAAACCGAGGAGGAGGAGGAGCGCCUUGACUGAACGUUUGAGCGGCCGACACGGAAUCCGCACAAGGGGGGUUGAGCAAAGGGGGAGGAGAGAGACGACCGCCACCGAUCAACCCGAGCCACCACCACCACCAACCACCAACAACCACCAACAACAACAACCAACAACAACCACCACCAUGCUGCGGGGAAGGCGAUGAUGACGGCCGCGGUCAACGGCAGAGGCGCAUCGGCCCUGACUGACCGUUCUCUCCACCUGACCACCGCUACGACUCUCGGGGCCCCACAUCCGCUUCCCGAAUCCAAGGGCAGGUGGACUUGUCGCUUUAAUCUCUUCCUCCACCACCUCCUCCUCUUCAUAUCCCAUCGCUUCUUCAAUCUCGGGCUAUGACCGUGGAGGGAAACGCACUGGGAAAUGAGCUGAGAGGCAUGUCGACAGCCGAAAGCAAGGCUGCUGGGGCGGCUGCGCCGGCGCGUUCCUCGUCCUCCCCGUCUUCGUCGUCCUCGUUGACUCGACCGGUGCCGGAUGGCGAUCUGGGCCGGGGUGCGGACGGCGGCGGCGACGUCGCCGGUGGCGAGAGGAGUGAGCCGAGCCCAUCCUUGCCCACUCUCCUGCCGCCGAUGAGAGGCCGCGCCUCUUCGGACGCCGUCAUGAGGCCCAAGCUCAGGCCCAAGGCCGCCGGCCACGACGCCAACCGGGAUUCGCUGACCGGUGGCAGCUAUGCCCUCGCCAGCGGAGGUUUUGGCGCCGGCGGGGGCCGCUUCAUCCGGCGGAGCGUGAUCUGCGAGAGCACCAACAUGACGCUGCCCGCUGAAGACCUGCGCUCUCUUGCCAGCCUGCCCAACGCCUUCGAUGUGACGACCGCGGAGCCACAAGAAGGGGGCCUCGUUUGCGAACUCGGCGAGGAGCUGGCUGCCGGCCCCCACUUCAAGGACGUGUUGGAUGCUGAGCUGAUGGUGCUCGAAGGCAGGACUCCUCAGCUUCAGGCUGUGUGCAUCCAGCUUCAGCAGCCACAGCCACAGCAGCAGCAGCAGCAGCAGCAAAGUCAACCGCAGCAACUGGAGGAGGUUGACUCGGUGGACGUGAACAAGGAAAAGCUGAGCGAAGGCGCUGCUGCUGCUGCUGUCGAAAAAUUGGAUGCGGCCACGGACGCCGAGCGGACAGAGAAAGAAGUGGGGCCAACUGCUGUGGCCUCUCCCAGUAUCCCUGAGGAAGAGGAGGAGGAGGAAGACGGCAUGAAAGCUGUGGCCACCUCGACGGAUGGCCGGUUUCUGAAGUUUGACAUAGAGUUGGGAAGGGGCUCCUUCAAGACUGUUUACAAAGGGCUGGAUACAGAGACAGGAGUUGAAGUAGCUUGGUGUGAGCUCCAGGACCGCAAGCUGACCAAGGCAGAGCGGCAGCGCUUCAAGGAGGAGGCCGAGAUGCUCAAGGGCCUCCAGCACCCCAACAUCGUGCGCUUCUACGACUCGUGGGAGGCGACCGUCAAGGGCAGGAAGUACAUCGUGCUCGUCACGGAGCUCAUGACGUCCGGCACCCUCAAGACCUACCUGAAGCGCUUCAAGCAGAUGAAGAUCAAGGUGAUGCGCAGCUGGUGCCGACAGAUCCUCAAGGGGCUGCACUUCCUGCACACACGCGACCCGCCCAUCAUUCACCGCGACCUCAAGUGCGACAACAUCUUCAUCACGGGUCCCACGGGCUCCGUCAAGGUCGGGGACCUGGGGUUGGCCACGCUCAAGAGGGCCUCCUUCGCCAAGAGUGUCAUCGGGACGCCCGAGUUCAUGGCCCCGGAGAUGUACGAGGAGCACUACGACGAGUCGGUGGACGUGUACGCGUUCGGCAUGUGCAUGCUGGAGAUGGCCACGUCCGAGUACCCCUACUCCGAGUGCCAGAACGCCGCGCAGAUCUACCGCCGCGUCACCAGCGGUGUGAAGCCGGCGAGCUUCAACAAGGUCGCUUUUCCUGAAGUGAAGGAAAUCAUCGAGGGCUGCAUCCGGCAGAGCAAGCACGACCGGUAUUCCAUCAAGGACCUCCUCAGCCACGCAUUCUUCGCCGAAGACCCCGGCGUGCGGGUGGAGCUGGCAGAGGAAGACAACGGCAUCAAGACGGUGAUGAAUCUGUGGCUGCGAGUGGAGGACCCCAAGAAGCUGAAGGGGAAACACUUGGUGAACGAAGCCAUCGAGUUCAGCUUCAACCUGGAGACGGACCUCCCGGAGCAAGUGGCACAGGAGAUGGUGAACCUGAGCUUCAUCCACGAGAGCGACGUGAAGAUCAUCGCCAAGUCGAUCCGCGAUCGCGUCGUGCUCAUCACGCGCCGGCGUGAGCAGCUGGGCGGCCGUGCCGACGAGACGAUCCCGCAAACGUCCGAGGACGCCCAGCGCUUGGCAUCGAUGGCGGCCGCCGCUGCCGCUGCAUCCUUCACCGUCGGACAGCAAGUGCCGUCCACCUCGCAGCAGCAGCAGCAACAGCAGCAGCAGCAACAGCAGCAGCAGCAGCAACAGCAGCAGCCAACGCAGUCGUUUGGCCAGCCCAGCUCCGCGGCCCAGCCGCAGAUGCAGUCGGCGGGCCAACCUCAAAUGCAGAUCCAGCCGAGCUCUCAGAUGCAGCAGCCGCAGCCGCCGCAGCUUCAACUCCACCUCCAGCAAGCGCAGAACCAAGGUCAGGCGGCGCAGAGCCACGCGCAGGCCCUGCCGGCCGGCGUGACGGCGUCGCAGGCGCCGGUCGGCAUGAUGCAGGGCGAGUUGGGCGCGCAAGCGCAGGUACAGCCUCCCGGGUCGCAGGUUGCCACCGCGAUGAUGGCUCAGCAGCAGCAGCAGCAGCACCUGGAGGGGGAGCAGCAGCAGAAGGAGGCAGGCACGAUGGCAGCCGCAGAUGCGGAGGGGGUGGUGGCGGCUGCGGCGGCGGCGGCUGCGGCAGGAGCGGCGUUGGCGACGAUGCCCAUUCCGACAUACGCAGAGGUGGUGAGCGGAGGUGUUCUCUUGCCCACGACAAAUGCACAAACGCAGCAGCAGCAGGGGCAUCCAUCAGAGAUUGCUGGAGUGCUGCCACCCACCUCCACUUCCCAGCAGCCUUUGCAGCAACAACCGCAACAUUAUCAAAUGCCACCUGCUGGCCCGACGGCUCAGCCAAGCCAACUACCCCCAGGCUCGUCCCAACAGUUUGGCGGUUAUUACUACACUCCUCCGUACCCUGUGCAGGCCACUGUCCCCGCCACCAGCAGCCACGCGCCCACCGUCCCCACGUCCGCGCAAGCGCCGCUGCCACCGCCGUCGUCCAGCCAGGCCCCCACACAGCCGGCUCCACCCCAGCAGCUCCCUGCACCGAUUGCCCCCUGCGCUGGCGAUGCUCUGCCCGCGAUGCCUGCAACCGCCGGCGUCUUGCAAGGCGCCGUCGAUGCGCUCGGCGUGCCGUACCUUCUUGCCGGCAUGCCGAUGGCUCAGGGUGCCGUGCCGCCAGCAGGAGCCGUCGGCCAGCCCUACGCCGCCGCUACCGCCGCUUUGCCUUCGCUGCCCUGUCCGCCGAUGCAGGCCUUCCCGCGCCUGGUCGCAGAACCCGGCCUAAACACCUCUGUGCCACCGCUUGCCUUGCAGGCGGAAUACGCGGCAGCGACGCAAGCGCCGCUGCAGCCAAACACGAUGCCCUUGCCCGGCGCCACGUUUUACCAGGCUGGCAUGCAGCAGCAGCCGCAGCAGCCGCAGCAGCAGCAGCAGCAGCAGCCGCAGCAGCCACAGCAACAGCAGCAGCACACAGUACCGACAGCAGGACAGCUGUAUUCCGUCGCGCCGGGCCAGCUCUCGUAUACCACCACAGUGCAGCAAGCACCAGCGCAAUAUUCGUCACAGCAGCAGCAGCAGCAGUCGCUAGCACCCGCUGUGCAGAUGCAGAUGCCUGUGCCGCAGAUCCCGUCUGGAUUUAACACGAUGUCCCCCAUGUCGGCGCAAUCACAGCAGCCUCAGCCACCCUCGGCCGCCGUCCAGCAGGCAAUGACGGGGACUCAGCAGCAGCAGCAGCAGCAACCACUAACGCAGCCUGGUGUCUAUGUGCAGCAGCAACUGCAGCAGCAGCAACUGCAGCCACAGCAGCAGCAGCAGCAACUGCAGCCGCAGCAGCAGCAACUGCAGCCGCAGCAGCAGCAACUGCAGCUGCAACCACAGCAGCAGCAGCCGCAGCAGCAGCAACUGCAGCCACAGCCGCAGCAGCAACCACCGCAGCAGCAGCAACCGCAGCAGCAACCGCAGCAACUGCACGCAACGCAGAAUGGCAUCGGCCACAUCCCGGAGGCCGUGCCCCUGCCGCGGCAGGAGCCGGCGCAGACGCUUCCGCAGAACUUCGGCACGCAAGCGCCCUUCUCGCAGCAGCAGCCACUGCCGCCGGCGUCAACACCGCAGCAACCGGUGGCUCAGCAGCCGGCUCAGCAGCAGCCGGCGCAAGCGAACGGCGCCGUUCACGCGGCCGCUGCCAACGCCGCCGCCGCCACCAACGCGGCCGCCGUCGUCACCACCUCCACCGUGCCGCCUCCCGGCACCGAGCGGAUGGCGGUGCCGGUUCAGCCGCAGGCCUCGUUCACCACGACGGUGAUGGCCCAGGCUCAAUCGCAGUUGGUCAAUCAGGGGUCGCUGGAGUACGUUGGCGGCGCGAGCACACAUUCCGACUACGUCGCCCAUCAGACUCCGUACAUGUUCUCAUCGGUGGAGGGCACUCUGUCGGACCCGCAGUCGGGCAAGGAGAUGAGCGACGGCAACGAGGGCCCGGCCACGGCGACGGCGACGACGGCGCGGGGCCACAAGGGGCGGCCCACGCAGCGGCAGUCGCGCAAGAACGUGCGCAGCAACUCGCGCCACGAGAAGGGCAGGCCCAAGCUGCAGAUCCUCAACGUGUCCAGGCGAGGCGACAAGGAGGUGGAGUGUCAGCUGGAGACACACAACAAGAAGAAGGUCACCUUCAAGUUCUGCCUGGACGCAGACAACCCCGAGGACAUCGCCAAGUACAUGGUGGAGAACGACUUCAUCCUGGUGUCGGAGCAGCGCACGUUCGUGGAGCAGAUGCGCGACGUGUGCGACAAGGCGGAGGAGCUGCUGAGCGAGGAGGGAGAGGAGAUGGGCCCCGAAGACGCCGGGGUAACGGCCCGAGACGACGCAUUGCGAGCCGCUGGCGCCAUCGCCGCCGCUUCUGAUGGCGCCGCUGGCUCCGUGCAGGGGCCGACGGUGCAGUCUAACGAGCAGCAGGAUACGAACUCCUCUGCCACCCCGACAAGCAGUCCAGAGUCAGACGGUGCUCCACCGGCCGUCACGAUGGUGCAGUCCGGCAGGAUGCGCUUCUUCGUGAGCCCCGUGGUGGACACGGAGCCCCUGGACAAGGGGGCGUCACCGCCAUCGCAAGACGUGGACUUGGAGCAGCCCAGCGGCCUCUCCUACUCCACCUCGGCCAUCGACCUCAAGCUGGCGUUCGACAACAUGCGCCAGAUGUCGCAGAGCCUGUCCGAGAUCCGCGACGGCGUCAGCACGGCGCCGCCCUCCUACGUGCAGCCCGUGCCGCCCCUCCCCUCCGCGCCACCGGACGUGCCGGGCAGCGCCGCCGCCGCCGGCGGCCUGGGCGUGCCGGAGACCAUGCCCGUCACUACCCCCGUGCCCGCUGCCCCGGAACCUUGGCCGGAUCUGUCGCGUUCGCCGGUUGUCGUCUCGUCGUCGGAGCCGUCGGUUGUUCCGCCGGUGCCGCCUUUGCCGAUUCUCGUCCCGGCUUCUGGCGCGCCUCUGCCGACAGGCGGCCUCGACGUUCCACCGCCGUUGUCCACGGCCCCUCUGCCGACGUCCACCGUGAUGUUCCACGCUAUCACCGGCCCCAUUACGGUCGCCCCAUUGCCCGUUCCGGGCGUUUCCUUCCCGCCGGCCGCAGCUGCGAUCGCUCCCCCCCGCUGCCGUCGUCCCCGCAUCCUCAGAAUCCACGGCUCUCCCGGUCCCUCUGCCCGCACCUGCGAUCAUCGCUGCCCCGCCGAUCGCGGUGCCGUCCGCGGAAGCCGCUUACCUCCCUGACCUGGUCGCCGUUC